UCACGUCCGGCCUGCGAGUUACCGCCCACUCGCCGCGGCGCUUCUGGCUCCAGGCCGGUCUCCGGAUCCGAUCCUGCUAAUGGUUUUGGCCAUAUCUUCAUGCUGGGCUUCAUCACCAGGCCUCCUCACAGAUUCCUGUCCCUUCUGUGUCCCGGACUCCGGAUACCUCGACUUUCAGUACCUUGUGCUCAGCCCAGGCCCAGAGCCAUGGCUCUCCCCUCUUCCUCCUGCAAACUGCCCUUGGUGGCUGUGUGCCAGGUAACAUCGACGCCAGACAAGCAACAGAACUUUAAAACAUGUGCUGAGCUGGUUCGAGAGGCUGCCAGACUGGGUGCCUGCCUGGCUUUCCUGCCUGAGGCAUUUGACUUCAUUGCACGCGACCCUGCAGAGACGCUCCGCCUGUCUGAACCACUGGGUGGGAGACUUUUGGAAGAAUACACCCAGCUUGCCAGGGAAUGUGGACUCUGGCUGUCCUUGGGUGGUUUCCAUGAGCGUGGCCAAGACUGGGAGCAGACUCAGAAAAUCUACAAUUGUCACGUGCUGCUGAACAGCAAAGGGGCAGUAGUGGCCACUUACAGGAAGACACAUCUGUGUGACGUAGAGAUUCCAGGGCAGGGGCCUAUGUGUGAAAGCAAUUCCACCAUGCCUGGGCCCAGUCUUGAGUCACCUGUCAGCACACCAGCAGGCAAGGUUGGUCUAGCUGUCUGCUAUGACAUGCGGUUCCCUGAACUCUCUCUGGCAUUGGCUCAAGCUGGAGCAGAGAUACUUACCUAUCCUUCAGCUUUUGGAUCGGUUACAGGCCCAGCCCACUGGGAGCCCGUCUUCUCUUGAGGGUGACAUAGGGCAGCAGGUCGUGGCGAGUGAUGAUGCGCAGCAGCUGCAGCACCUGGCGAAAGUUACUUUCAUCACAGCGGCCCUGGCGCUCCAGUGCCAAUAAGAAGUCACGUCCAUUUCGGAUGAGUCCACGCUCGUGGUCAUCAAUGACAUCAACAAAGAGGAAAGAAAGCACGCGCACAUCUCUGUGUGUCAGAUGAGUGCCCACGAUGUCAAACAUGCGGUGCAGGCUGUACAGCCCAUGUUCCUGCUCACCAUGCUCUUCUGGCCACACCUGGCUUGCCCGCCGCUUUAGGCCCGCCAUGCUGGGGGCUCAGGUACGCAAUGCUUUCCAGAAUCCCUGCUCAGCAGCUGCAAUCCACACUGUACUGAAAGGGCAGGGAAAGAACCGAUGAGAUACUCAAGGGCAGGAACUAGUCUUAGGCAUUCCCAUAUUCCCAGUCGCUAAUAAUGCCUGGCACAGUAUAGUGCUUUAUACAUGUUUAUUACAUUUUUUAAAGUGUUUGUUUACAAAUAAACACUGGCUGGGCACAGGGGCUCACACCUGUAAUCCCAGCAUUUUGGGAGGCCAAGGCAGGAGGAUCACUUGAGCCCAAACAUUCAAGACCAGCCUGGGCAACAUAUGGAGACCCCUGUUUCUACAAAGAAAAAAUUAGCUGGGCUUGGUGGUACACGCCUGUAGUCCCAGCUGCACAGGAGGCUGAAGUGGGAGGAAGGCUUGAGGCCAGGAGUUCAAGAUCAGCCUGGGCAACAUAUGGAGACCCCAGUUCCUACAAAAAAGAAAAAAUUAGCUGGGCUUGGUGGUACACGCCUGUAGUCCCAGCUACUCAGGAGGCUGAGGCAGGAGGAUCACUUGAGGCCAGGAGUUCAAGGCUGCAGUGAGCUAUAAUCCUGCACUGUAGCCUGGGUGACAGAGUGAGACCCCCAUCUUGAAAAAAAAAAAAAGAACUAGUUUAAAUUCUGACUGUUCUCACUGAAAAGCUGUGUAGCUGUGUGACCGUAAGCAAGUCACUUAACUCCAAAUUCUCAGUGCUGUCAUCUGUAAACAGGGAUGAAUGAAUCUAUACCUCAGAGUUGUUAAGAAUCCAAUGAGAAAAUACAUGCAGAAUCACUUGGUAACCCUUACAUAAAUGGUUGUGAAACAGAUUUCAAAGAUACAAGCAUCCUUGGCCUUUGCAGCCCAGAAUCAUCCCUCCACAUUUUUCCUACAGUCCAACCACAUCCAGAAACGAUAACUGCUCAGAAAGUUUAUCAAUAUUUACCAAAACUCAUGGAUUUAAAAUAACAUUUAUUACGUUUCUACAAUAA